AAGCCGUUCUCGUCAAAACUAUGUUUAAACCAUUUUUCGAAAAAUUUACACACUGAGAAUUUAAAAAAAACACACUGAGAUUAAAAAACUUAAAAACACACACUGAGAAUUAAAAAUUACACACUGAGAUUUCAUAAAGACGCACUGAGAUUACAAAAAAUGAAAAACACACACUGAGAAUUAAAAAUUACACACUGAGAAUUGAAAAUUACACACUGAGAUUUCAAAAAGACACACUGAGAUGAAAUAAACUGAAAAACACACACUGAGAAUUGAAAAUUACACAAUGAGAUUUGUGCGCACAUUUUAUGCGCACAGAUCUAAUUAGCAUAGUUAUUCUGAUUCUAUUACAAGCUUAAACAACUAGGGGACAGAACUCGCUUUUCAUCUGUAGCCUGGGUUCCUGACUCAAAUUGACAUUGCGAUGUGAAGCUCAGAAUAGGCCGGGAUCCCAGACUAUUUUUAUUUGGCGCCAUGGAAUCCGCAAGGAAACUUGUCACAGAACUCGUGGAUAACGAAGCGAUGAUGACCCGGCUUGCCAAUCAGUUACAAAACAGAUCUAACCGUACGAGUCCUGUCACUAGUCUGGCCAAUUUUGCAUUCCACAGUGGGAGUUGGAAGGCAAAGGGAGGGAAAUCCCCUAGAAGCAAAUCCUUCAAGAUGAGUAAGAAGUCAAAAGGUGUGUUCAUGAAGGAGGUGGUUCUUCUGGCAGGGCCUAAUUCAAGCCUACCAAAACAAAGCAGAAAAGAAAAACUCCACCAAAAUGGCCAUGUUAUGGCAGCUAUGAUAUUUGAAAAAGACUGGGAAGAGGAGGAAGUGAUGGCAUCAUUCUACUCAGCCUUCAGUUUCCUUCCACAAACAGUAAAACUUGAAAUCAUGUUACCUUGCGGUAAUUCCUUGGUUAAGCCCCAUAUUAGUGGAGGGAAUAUGGAUGGCCAGAUUAUACACCAGAUUUUCUGUAGGAAGACUAUUUAUUUACAACCGUCGAAGCAACUUCUUGAGGAAGAUGAUACAUGUACUGUAGAAAAAGAGACAUUGGAUCUUCCAGAUUUGCAUCCACCAAAAAAACGUCAAGAUACAUGUUCAAAGGAACAAAAGACAAUGGAUCUUCCAGAUUUGCAUCCUCCAAAAAAACGUCAAGAUACAUGUUCAAAGGAACAAAAGACAAUGGAUCUUCCAGAUUUGCAUCCUCCAAAAAAACAUCUCAAGCCAAACUAUGAAGGAACUGAGAGCAUGUCAUUUAAGGAUAGCAGACCUAAUAUAAGUGACAGAACAGAUGCAUGUAAUAUUACACAACUUGAUGAUCUUUACAUGAAAAUGGUGUAUGUAUUCUUAAUAUUAACAGUCUUUCUGUAUUGCUUUUUCAUUUCAUUUCCAAUUUCAAAAAAGUCAUUAACAGAUGGAUAUUAUCUGGGUGAUUUCUUGUAAUUUAUGAAAUUCCUUCUUGUGAAAAAUGUUUCAAACAAUCUUUAGCAAAAAUACACAUAAUAAAACAAUGCACCAGAUAAUACAGCACAAAUCUCAUUGUGUAAUUUUAAGUUCCAUCUUUAUGGCAAGCCGUUCUCGUCAAAACUAUGUUUAAACCCUUUUUUCGACAAAAAUACACACUGAGAUUUAAAAACCCAAAAUAACACACUGAGAAAUCGAAAUUACACACUGAGAUUUAAAAAAAUAAAAAACACACACUGAGAAUUCAAAAUUACACACUGAGAUUUUAAAAAGACACACUGAGAUGAAAUAAAUUGAAAAACACACACUGAAAAUUGUUAAUUACACACUGAGAUUUCAAAAAUACACACUGAGAUUAAUAUGCAAAUUUCUAAUGAAUAUUCAUGAGAUGAAUAAUUCAACAGAUUAAUAUCUUGAUCUCAAGAACUCUUGUCAUUAUAAUGAAAUGCGAUUCCUUCAACCAACAUUCGUAUUAAAUUUCAAGACUUAACAUCGCUCAUAUUCAUAAGUUUGUUGCCUAUAAUUCAAUGUAAUUCAGAUCAUUACUACUACCAGUAAUUAAACAUGGGUCCCUUUUCAAAAGUCUUCCAACAGUUUCCUUGAUUUUGCUAGUUCAUCUUUUAUAUUUUUGUUACGUUUAUAUGCUAUAAUAGACACUUGGGUAAAAAUUUCACUGCAUUCUUUUUGCAGAUUGUUCCAAUGUUUUCUUAUAAUUUUAAUAAAGUUUUUCACCAUUUGGUUGUAUUUUGUAAUAAGAGUAAGUGGGUAUUUUUCUUGUUCUUGUAUUUCUAAAGUUUUUUUUAUUAAUAAUUUGGAACCAAAUCGAAGGACUAACGAGUUCUGUCCCCUUGUUGUUUUAAGCUUGUAAUAGAUUCAGAUUAAGUAUGCUAAUUAGAUAUGUGCGCAUAAAAAGCUCAAAUAUGAAAAUCUCAGUGUGUAAUUUUAAAUUCUCAGUGUGUAAUUUUAAAUUCUCAGUGUGUAAUUUCAAAUUCUCAGUGUGUGUUUUCAGUUUAUUUAUUCUCAGUGUCUCUUUUUGAAAUCUCAGUGUGUAAUUUUCAAUUCUCAGUGUAUAAUAUUCAAUUCUCAGUGUGCAUUUUUCAUUUUUGUAAUCUCAGUGCGUCUUUAUGAAAUCUCAGUGUGUAAUUUUUAAUUCUCAGUGUGUAAUUUUCAAUUCUCUGUGUGUAAUUUUCAAUUCUCAGUGUGUAAUUUUAAAUUCUCAGUGUGUAAUUUCAAAUUCUCAGUGUGUGUUUUCAGUUUAUUUAUUCUCAGUGUCUCUUUUUGAAAUCUCAGUGUGUAAUUUUCAAUUCUCAGUGUAUAAUAUUCAAUUCUCAGUGUGCAUUUUUCAUUUUUGUAAUCUCAGUGCGUCUUUAUGAAAUCUCAGUGUGUAAUUUUUAAUUCUCAGUGUGUAAUUUUCAAUUCUCAGUGUGUAAUUUCAAUUCUCAGUGUGUAAUUUUCAAUUCUCAGUGUGCGUAUUGAAGUUUUAAAUCUCAGUGUGCUUUUUUGUAAUUCUCAGUGUGUAAAUUUUUCGAAAAAUGGUUUAAACAUAGUUUUGACGAGAACGGCUUGCCAUACCUCUGCACUGGUAUUUCACAUAAUGGAGGUGUGCAGAUCCACAUGAUUUUCAUGAAAUAUUGUCAAAAUGACAGGUAGUUUGGACGUAGUCAAUUUUUUGUACUAACUGCAUAAAGAGAACAUGGUUUGUCCGGCUUACUCCAACAGUUUUCAAGCUGGAACUUUUGUAUUAUGUAGAGUAUUAGAACAUUUACAAACGUCAUGCAUAUUGUUCGAUUCUGUUUUUAAAAAAUUUCACAAAUGUCAGGAUGGUGAACUUUGUCACUAUAUGCCUUUGUCAUUACACAACCACAGAGGUGUAAAU